AUGUCUCAAAUCACCAGGACCGACAGUACUGAAGUGUCAUGCGAAUAUCGACAUGCCGCCCACAACAACGACGGCCACGGCGACGGCGACAGCCAAGGCAUGUUGAACUCAUACAUCUACACCACCAGCACCACCGUCUUAGACUUUAUCCUCCUUGGGAGACGCAGCACGCGAUCCUACUCACGUUCACACGCACGCAUACUCGAUGCGAUGAUGACAAUGCAACCACAACACCUACGACAACACUCACGACCACUUGACAACGACACCAACGACACCAACAGACACCAGAUCGGACGAUGCACCAACGUCUCGGAACUCAUGACUUUCAUGGAUCGAAUCACGGACGCCAAAAUCGUCAGAGAGGCAAUCGUCUUUCGUCCCUUGCUUGUCGACAGGGACUAUUGA